UUUCUAAACAAGGAAGCAAUCCAAACGUCUUCCAAUUGUUGUGAAGUAGGAUGUCUGUAUUAUGGAAUAUAACUUUGUUUGGAUUAUUUUUACUGUCAGUAAGUAAUCUGUCUGAUGAUAAUAUGACAAAAACUUGUGCAGAAUGUGACUGCAAUCGAAUAGUUAUAAAUUGUGCAAAUAAUGGAUUAAACAGAUACCCAAAUUUCAGUUUAUAUGAAACCGUCAGAAUAAUUAACUUUAGCCACAAUAAUCUUGAAUAUAUUCCAGACGCUUAUUUGUUACCUGGUCAAUUACUUAUUUUGGACCUUUCAUUUAAUAAAAUCAACAGAUCUGACAACUAUUCAUUAUCAGAGUUAAAAACUCUUCAACAACUUAAUUUGAGUAAUAAUAACUUUCACUCAGUAUUGGACGGUAGAAAGUUACCGGAAUCAGUUAUUCAUUUGGAUAUGUCAGUGAAUGAGAUCAAUUCAUUUGGACGUUAUCCCUUUACAAAUGCUAGAAGGCUUCAGGUUUUAGAUCUUCAUCAGAACCUACUGAGUUAUAACAGAACGGUAUUUCAACGAAAUGUCUUCAAUAACCUGCAAAGUUUAACCGAUCUAAAUAUCGGUCAGAAUGGAUAUGACACAACUAAACCCGUGUAUCCCGAUGAAGUUUUUAAACACUUAAAAUCUCUCCGUACCUUAGUUAUUGAUGGCUUCUUGACCACAUCAUUCGGAAAAGUAUUCUCAGAAAUGAAAAAUCUGCAGGUGUUAUCUAUAAAUAAUUUAAUGCUGCCAAAUCUCGGAAUUGAAACCAUCACGGAAAACUAUUUUGAAAAUUUAUCUCAAAUAACAGCUUUAGACAUUUCAUUAAAUCGAUACGUUCAGAUUAACACAUCAGGGAGCGAAAUACACUUGAAAAGCAUUGAAUCAGGAGCAAUAGCUAAAUUGACAAAUCUAAGGAGUUUAGAUAUAUCAUUCAAUUCGAUGUUAGGAUUUUGUGGUUUGCGUAAUGUAACACAAGAUUUACCAAAUACAGAUAUCAAAGUCUUGAAGGCAAAUCAAAUUUAUUGUCCAUACGGAUUCAGCACUAUUCUGUUCGUUGAUGACAUAAAACCACUUAAAGACACAAAUCUGACGGAAUUAUAUUUGGAUGGGAACAGACUUGAGAUGACAGAGGAUCUAGCGCCAACUUACUUACCGAAAACAUUAAGGGUACUGAGUCUUAGGGGCAACCGAUUACGGUUAGACAAAUAUAAAGUAGACGGGAUUUUGACAUUAACAGGUAUUAAUUCCUUAUUUCUGAGUUCUCAAGACCAAACCCAGUCGCGAGAAGUACACUCUGGAUGGUUUGUUUGUAAUGAUUUCACAGAUACAAUUCAAUGUUUAUCAGACAGAAAAUCUAACAAACAAUCUUGUAUGUUACAAAAACAAAAUGAAGGCGUAUCUUCACAACAACGUCGGGUCUCUUAUGAAUCCGACGAAUUUGGUUUGAUAGCUGAAACAUAUUCUUCCGAUUAUGUAAACUAUGUGGAUUCUGUCAAACAUCCAAGGACUCGAGAUAUCCAGUCGUAUCCACAUCUAACGGCUGCAGAUAUCCAUCCAUACCCACCUCCCAACUGUACAUUUGAUCCCCUAAUUUCCUUUGUCAAUAUUAUUCCGCCAAAUACAAAACAAAUUUAUUUUGAAAGUUCUAACCUCGGUGACAUAAUCAUUCCAUACUGGAUGAGCUAUGAUACGUUAGAAUACGUUUCUUUACGUGGAAAUAAUUUUCAGAAUUUUCUCGGACCAGUUUGUAAUGUUACAAACGUUAAGAUUUUAGAUCUUUCUGAGAACAUGUGUUUAAACAUCUACGCACAUUUUUUCAUUGGGUUCAUUAAUCUAGAAGAACUAUUCAUACAGGGAAAUUUACUUGGAGAUGCCAUGAAAACAUUUCAACACGGGGAAUUAUUUGAAAAGCAGUUGAAAUUAAAAAUUCUGAAUAUUUCUUCAAAUCGGAUAACUACAUUACCAAACAAUUUUUUCGUUCAUGUUCCAAAUAUUAAAACUCUUGAUAUCAGUCAUAAUCUUCUGACUGACUGGAAUGUUACGAUUUCUCAUCUAUGGAAGCUUAAUGUUUUAGAUUUGUCCUAUAACCAGAUUACUUUCCUAUCAGAUAAGGCGAUGGAAAAGGUUGACAAAAUUACGUCACAAAAUAUACAAAUUAAAAUGAUGCACAAUCCUUUUGAAUGCUCUUGCGACUCUCUUUCUUUUCUACUCUGGUAUAAAAAACAUCGAAAACGAAUGGUAUCGUAUUCAAAUGUUACUUGCAAGAAUAGUAAACGUGAACUGAUAUAUGUCAAAGACGUGCUGUUAAGCUUACAGAAAAAGUGCAGUUCUAAAGUUGGAAUAAUUAUAGGAGUUGCUUUAUUUCUAUUUCUAUCACUUGGAAUGAUUUUCGGAGCUAUUAUUUAUAGAUAUAGAAUUAGGCUAAGGUAUUCGUUUCAUAUGUUCAAAAGACAAUAUUUUGGAGGUUACGAACCACUCCAUGUCAUACAGAAAUAUACAUUUGAUGCAUUUAUCUCAUAUGCCGACCAGGAUCGACAAUUUGUAAUAAAUCGUUUGAUAGAAUUAGAAAAUAAAAAGGGAAAGAGGUUAUGUAUUCACCAUCGAGAUUUUAUACCAGGGAAUGAAAUUGCCGAAAAUAUAAUAAAUGGUAUUCACCAUAGCAGAAAGACCAUUUGUUUAAUAACACGUGAAUUUCUUAAGUCUGAUUGGUGUAAAUAUGAAUUUAACAUUGCUCGCAUGGAGGGAAUUCGUUCACGUGAAAGGGAAAACAUUAUAAUUGUUAUCUUAAAGGAAGAUAUUCCAUUCAAAGAAUUACCAAUCCGGAUAAUGGAAGUUAUAGUAGAAGAAACCUAUUUGAGUUUUGCAGAAUGUUUGAAUGAUGAUGAUAGAUUUUUGGACUUGCUUGCAACGGCAAUUGAAAACUAAAUCAAAAGUAAAGCUCAAAGUAAUUCGGUUUCAGACAACAUAAAAACAGUAAACUGAUUUACAAUCUUUCUUUCAAAAUCAUAUACAAUCUACAAAAACAUAUUGAAGAUAUUUGGUGUUAUAACAUGGAUAAAAUUACAAAUUUAAUGCGGACGAUAUAUCUCUAUGUAAAUAAUACUAUUAUUUUUUUCUGAUUCGUAACUUAAGUAUUUACCACCGACAGACUGUUAUCUUAUAUUUCGCUGCAAUAUAGUCUUUUUGUGCUGAGGUGGGGUAAAGCAACAUCCAAUCAAUCGAUCAACUGUUGUAUUAUAUGGACAGGAUAUUAAAAAUAAGGAAAACAAUAAACCAACAUCUUUUAAUUAGAACAAUAAUGCAUACUGCGCAUUGACAAUUCUGAACAUCUGAAUUCCAUUAAAAUCUGUCUGUCUUCCACAAAAGCCUUAUUGGGCACUAGAGAGAUAAUAAGAAGAAACCAUAUCACCAAGUGAGCCAACACUUCAUGCAGUCAGGCCGCAAACCCAUUAGAGACGCGUUUUAUAUAGACAACCGUACGAUUUAUUUUUCAACCGAGAUGUCGAUCGAUUUGUGAGACAAGGUUAUUAAUGUUCAUUUACUGUUUUUGUCUUGAAUUAAUCAAAACGAUGUGAGCACCCGCAAAUCACUGAAAUUCAAGCAAAAAGUGUCUAGUCAUAAACGGCAAUACUGCUUUAACUGUAUUUAGCGUUUUAAACCAGUCGACCAAAAUGACUAUGUAAAAUAUAGCUUUUGUUUGCAGAGUGAUGCCUUAAGGAGCUUGGCACAUUUUAUCAAUCUUCGAACUCAAAUUCGAAAAUCUAGAUUUACAAAUGUACAAAAUGUAUAGUCUAGUAUACAGAGAAUAGAAAGCAUAUCUGUCCGGCUGCCCUAUGAAAAAGCUUAUUUAAGACUUCCAAAGAUUGUUUAUCAUGCUAUUCAAUACUGGAAUAAUCUUUAUACAUUGUUUUAAAAUAUUGCGCGUAACAUAUAUAUAUAAUAUAUAUAUAUAUAAAUAUAAGAAUUUACUUUUUAUUUACAUAGAUUACAAUAUGAAUUCUAAAGCAACAAGUAAUAAAUCUUCAUAAUAAUUGCCAUACAUAUAAGCCAUAUAUACAAGCAAUGUGAAGAUACUACAACGUAAAAAAAAUCAUUGGAAAAAGUAUUGCGUAUUAUUUAUAAGCACCAAGUAUGCGUAUUUUAUUUCUUUCCUUAUGUCACGCUUGAAAAUUGACAUGAAACGAAACAACACCAAUCAUAAAACUAAACAUUAAAAGAUCUGGUUUCAAAAUGUAUAUAACUAGUUCAACUAACCAAACAAUGCUGUGGUUUCCUAUUACUGUAUUAUACCAUAACUAUUGUAACCAAUACAUAAAUAUUAAGAUUUAAAACACGUAGUCACGUAAGGAUAAAAUAUAGUUACAAGUUGAUUUCUUUAAAACAUUGAAAUGCAAUCGUGAAUCUGAUUGAUUGUUUGGUUUUACAAAUAAGAUAUUUUUAAAUAAAGAUGGAUGGUUUUACCUCAUUUUUUAUGUAAGAUGUAGAAAACUUACAUGGAUUAUUAAUGUAAAAUGUAGAAAACUUACAUGGAUUAUUAAUGUAAAAUGUAGAAAACUUACAUGGAUUAUUAAUGUUACUACUGUUUAAUGCUUAAUUCAUGUUGAAGAUAUAUUAUUUCCAAAAGAUUACAUUACAACUUGAAAAAAUAAGAGCCACUGGAUGUUCCAUUCUGAUCUGCAAAUGAGAGGUUGCUUCCUGGCUAAUGUAGAAAUGUAAAGGGUUAUUCUUCUGUGACAGAAAAGGACAAGGAGAAUUUCUAUGGACAAAGAAGUACUCGAGGAAAGUUCUACAGAAAUAUAAAAAUCCCAAGUAGAAGAAAUAUAAGCAACAGUAGUUUAACGAUGUUCAAACAAGACAACACCUUUAUCAAAAGUAAAAUGACGAAAAGACAAAAAAUGACAAAAAAUUAUAUUAUGUAAUUCUAUAACUGUAAAACCUAAUCGAACUUGUAAAAGUUUGAAAUGAAAACAACAUUUUCUGUUCAGAGAAAGGACAAGACUGUUACCUUCAGAGAUUCACAUCUAGUCUUUUAAUUUUAUAGGAAAACAAUAUAUUCACAGAUAAGAUCCUAAUUACAGUUGUAAAAUAUUUGAAAAUAUUCAAAGUUCAAAAAUGGCUGUACCAAGUCAGGAAUAUGACAGUUGUUAUCCAUUUGUUUGAUGUGUUUGAGCUUUUUUGCCAUUUGAUUACGGACUUUCCGUUUUGAAUUUUUCUCUGAGUUCGGUAUUUUUGUUAUUUUACUUUUUUCUAUGCUAUCUGCAACCCUAUACAAAAACAAAAGAUGAAUAACGCUUUAUAAUUUUCAUGCGUCCGAAACGCCUUUCUGAAUUCACCUUCACUGAUACUGUUAAAAGUCUAUUAAUUUGUCUCAUGUUUCAAAUUCCCUUCUUUGAGUUUUCCAUGAAAAAAGAUUCAUACCAUUAAAAAAAAAUCUGUUAGUAAAGGUCAGGCUGAUAUCCAGUUAAAAUUGAUCAAAAGAAAUGGAACUCUUUAUUAGAGAAGGUAAAAAUGGCCAGGUUGGUAUAUUUUGAAUUGUUUUCAUAUGUUUCUAUAUGGGCUGUAAAAGUUUAAUGUAGGUGCUUAAUUUCUGAAUUUUUGUAUCUUAUGUACACAUAUGUACGUGUUUAUACUUAAUUUAUAGUUUGGAGCUUCGAUAUAUUUGUAAACUUAUAAAUUAAAGACAAAUUUUUACUAAACAGUCGAUUAUGGUAGGUGCAAAUACCUGUAGAUUUUUUUCCGUGCAUAAGCAUAAAUUUCGCCGACAAAAAUUCCACAGAAAGAUAAAAGAUUGAUCUUUUUAAAACAUUAAUUCGCAUCUCUCGCCCCGCAGCAGUUUUUUUUGGGGGGAAAAGAUCCUUAAAAUAGACAAUAAUCUCAUCGAAGAGAAAGUCACCUUUUUAUGUUCAGGCGUGUUUGAGUUGACUAUUUUGUCUUGAAAACGUAUAAAGCAACAAUAUUUAGUACACCGUCUCGCUUCAGAUUCUAAUAAUUUUUUAAUAUAUUUAGGCUACAUUUUGAUAUAGUAACAUUACAAAUUCACAGUACCAAAAAUUAAAAUAUAUGGGUCGAGCGAAAUGCCUUUGUAUUGAGUCAUAACAUUAGAGUAGGUGUGUUUGAAUAACAAAGGAGUAAGUCCAGUAAGAUCCCUUUUUGGCCCCAAAAUUAAGCAGUUUUACAAAAUUGUUAAAAUGUAAACUUUUAGUUAUUUAUUGGAAAGUAGAAUGCUUCUGCUACAUAAAUAUGGACUGUUUUUGACAAUACAAUGCACAUAUAUCGGGAACUAGCAUCAUUAAGUCAUGCUAAGUUACUGAAAUCUUCACAAUUUUAGCAUUUUAGUUAAAUUUUAGACGGUUUCCGUCUUAAAUGAAAGUGGCCGCAUUUGUGUUCAUUCUUAAUAUUGAAACGUAAGUUGUAUUUGAUGAUAACACAUAACAUAUGUAAAGGUUGAGGAUGAACACGGAUGCGGCCAUUUUCAUUUUUGGCAAAAACCAUCUGAAAAGCGACAUUUUUUGGCAUAUUUGAUAGAUUUUUCAUAUUUAAGCUUGAAUCGGAGCGUUUUUAAUGACUAAAUCAGUUUAAAUCUUUCACAUAAACUAAUAGAAUCAACCAAAAUAGACACUUAAUAGUUUAAAAAGUGUCCAAAAUCUUUCGUCAGAUGCACCUAAAAUUUGAGGCCAAAAUCGGCCCUUACCGGACCUACUCCUUUAUAAUACAAAAUAACAAAAAGCAUUUGACGACAUACUUUAAAAGUGGAUCUUAAAAAUGCAUAUCUUCAAAAAAAAAUCAUUUUUUUUGGUGUAUUAUCAAGGAUUAUUCGUCUUCAACUUCUGACAGUUUAUAGUCUGCUCUUCCAAAAAAUAUUUAAUCAGAUUUUUUAUUGUUUUUUGAACUUACAAAUCAGAAAAUAGUUUUGAAGUUGUAAAAGGCGUAAAAGUACAUACCAUGAUGCUUUAAUAAUAGCUAGUAGAUACAUUUGUCCUUUAAAAUACAAAUGUCAUGUAAGAAUGGCAAUGAUGCUAGGAUAAAUUUAUUUAUUUAUUCAAGAGCUGAAUUGACAGCGCGUCAACUCAUCCCUUCAAUGGCUUCCAAUUUUGCGAUUGAAAAAAUGGGGAGAUAAUUUUGAAGAAGUAGAAUCCUGACUGAGGUGCGCAGUUAAGAAUGGUUAAUUAUACAAACUUGAUUAAGUACCCCUUUUGUUGUCGAUUGUGAGUUUUUAUUUUUUUCAUUUAACUUCAAUUAUUUAUAGUAAGUUUAGAGAGGGUUGAUUUGUAUUAUUUUUUAUUUUUUCUGCAAGUUUAUCUUGAAAUUUUAGGACGAGUUUAAUGUAAACAAUAUUUCACAUAGGGUCGGUUCUGCACAAUCGGUCGUCUCUGAUUAAUUGUUGAAAAUUUCGACUGCCAGUGGAAAAAUGGGCUUAUUAUUUGGAUAAAGGUGAAAUGUUUGCUUUAAUCAGGUUCCAAAGAAUUUGAAUGAUCUCCCAUUAAAUAAUGAUGUAUAACUCGUGUAGACAAUCAUAAACAAUGAUAUAUAACUCGUGUAGACAUUUAUAAACAAAUUUUUCACACGACUACUCGUUGUCUGCCUAUGGAAACUAUUGUUUUUGUCAACAAUGAAUAACCUUCCACCAUUUCGGGGAAAAGACCCGUUAUAUACACAAACAAAAUGAUUGUUGUAAUGACGGAUUUUCUUUUUCCAAAUCUUUCGAAUGGAGCUUGAGAGUUUUUAGUUUAGGAGACGACAUUGUUAUUUGUCUUUUGACUAUACUGUCAACUUUUAUAUCAUUGAAAACAAAAGUAAAAAUCAUUUUCAGAAAAUUAUGUCGGCGAUAUUUAUGUAUUAAGAUAACAUAUUCUCAUUUUUUGGUAAGGUUAAAACUUUUGUCGUCUAACAGGCCAACUGCGAUCCACGGACUCAUAUCAUUUUGAACGACCUUUCAUAAGAUAAUAAUGCUCUUCAAUUUCGUAUUUUAUUUGGCCUUUUUAACUUUUUUGAUUAGAGCGUCAAUGAGGAGUAUUUUGUAGACGCGUCUGGCGUACACAAUUGUAAUCCAUGCAGUCAAUUUUCCCCAAGAACUUUGUUUGGGAAGUCUUUUUUCGGUCACAGAGGGAAACCUUGACAAAGUUGUCACAACACGUUUGUGAUGUUUGUAUAUAACCAACACCAAGCUAUCUAGCUGCUAAUAUGAAAAUGUUAUACAAAUCGAAUUGUGCUUGAUACGGGGUUUUAAUUUAGGACAUGGUAUACCAAUUACUCUUUAUUACUAUCCACUUUACUUGAGUUUUAUUUUUGUGUUUGUGUAAUUCCUUAUAAAGUUAUACGCCAAGCGCAUAUUCAUGGUAGGUAUUUAUGAUAACAUCACUUUCUAAAACAGAGCUAGAAAAUGUAUUUUCUGAAAACUUUGUUCAUUCUUUUAUAAGUUAUUUAAAAAAAAACCACAUUUCAUACAAAGUCUACACUAAUCUUAUACAAGUACAUGUGCGUUAUUUGAUAUUCAAAUAAAUAAAGUGAAAUAUGCGACAACUUAGGUUAUAAAAACUAUUUCCAAGAUCAAAUUUAAAAAGUGAUUAUUCGAAUUAAAUUAAAUGUAUAACGAUUAUUUAAAAAAAAACAACAGGAAAAGAUAUUAAAUAGAGAUAAUCAAAAUUAAAACAGACUACACCAUGCCUACUGCAAUACAAAAUAUGGCACGCACUUCAAUAAGACAGCAACUAAGCAAAUUAAGUAACAAAUCGAGACAUCUUAGUCAAUAACGAUGGAAAUGGACAAUAGGACACACAGUAUUUACAAGUCAAGGUAACUAUCAUGAUAUGAAUAAUCCAACAGAGACGAGCACAUAUUUUAUCUUUCUCCAGCUUUUGAUAAUUUCAUAUUAAAGUAUAUUUUAUUUGUUUGAUGACGUGAACAGAUGGCAAUAGUGAUAUUGAUUUAACGGCUAAGUAUACAUUCUUUUAGUUUUUUUUUAUUCAAAAUAGUUGCGUAAACAUUGGGUCGUAAUUUACACUUGGAUUUUAGAAAUACGGAACGCUAACCUUAUAUUAAAUCUAUGUUCUUUUUGUAAGCCUUUUCAAACUUAUGCUGUGUCAAACCUUACGCAUCGUACAAUAGCAUAAGUAUAUUAAGAAAACACAGAAACAAACAGCUGUCUGCUUACACGGUACAACUAAGCUUACCGAUUUGUUAAGCAAAACAUUAAGUCAUUUUUUAAUACAGCAGCUACAUGUAUAGCGAAAUAUUCCUUGCUCAGAGUUUUUAUUUCUUCAUUUAAACACCUGAUUCAGUGUCAUAAGAUUAUGACUUUAAGAUUAAAUAGAGAUUAAAAGAUUUUUCAUAUAAAAAAAACCCAUGUGAAACUCUUGUACAAACAUCUAGUUUUAUGAACAGACAAAUAAUACUGUGUUAAACCACUCUGAUGAAACAAAACGUCUGAAAGAUGUGUGAUGUCUCAAUUGAAACAUACUUCAUAUUGGAACAACUCUACUUUUCUCCAUGCGGACUUGUUCUCUUAUUUGUAGGAGACAGACUUUAUACGUGAGCUUCGUGGGAAGAAUGAAUCUGUCAUUAUCCUUUAACAUUACGUUCCUCUAUAAAAGAUGAUGUCAUUUCCAUAAAUAAUUCAAAGCAUGGUGACUAUCUCAUUGAACACAGUUAACGUACUUCAUAUCUUGACUUAGAUGUAGAUAUUGACAAUAAGGGUCGGUUGAAUACUAAACUUUACGACAACACAGAUGCUUUCAUUAUUUCUAUUGUGAACUUCUUUUUAUUUCUGUGAAGCAACAUUAAAAAAGAGAGGCGAGAGAUACCAUAGGGAUAUUCAAACUCAUAAGUCGAAAAAAAAACUAAUUCAUCUCGGCCUCUAGUAAGUGUUCUACAACUAGUCUUUCAGUGCUUUUAACUAGUUCCUUAAGUACUAUCAUUAACUUUUGUAAUAAAACAAAUGAAAAUAGUGGAAUUAACUAUUUCUGGAGUGUAAAAAAAAUCUUUGGAUAACUUACGUGCUUUUGAUGGUCCUUUUGAUUCUGUUGACAGUUUUGACUUUUCAACUCUUUACACUACAAUUCCACACAAUCUUAUCAAACACAAGUUUUCCUAUUUGAUUUAAUGGUCGUUUGGUAAAUCUACAUACAAAUAUAUUUUCUGCAACUCAUUUAAAGCCUUCUUCUCUAAUGAGAAAGGUAAAUAUGCUAAAUAUACUUACUGGGGGUGUGAUGAGAUGAUUGAAGCUUUUGAUUUUCUCCUUGAUAUUAUAUAUGUACGUUUCGGCAAUACAGUUUAUCGACAUAUUGUAGGUAUUCAUAUGGGCACCAAUUGCGCCCCUUUAAUAUCAGACUUGUUCUUGUAUGGUUAUGAAUCACAGUGUAUGACCAAACUCAGUAAAAACCCGUCUAAUUUGCAUUUAAUAGAUAAAUUCAACAACACUUACCGUUAUCUUGAUAAUUUUUUUUCGUUAAAUAAUCAAGAAUUUUCUAAAUAUAUUGCCGAAAUUUAUCCAAAAGAACUUACUUUAAUUAAAUCAAAUAUAAAUGGUAAUAACUGUCCUUUACCUAGAUUUAGAUAUAUCAGUUUUACACGGGAAACUCUACACUAAAAUUUACGAAAAAAGGGACGGUUUUUCGUUCCCUUUUGUUAAUUUUCCUUUUUUGGACGGUGAUGUUCCUUUAGAACCAUCUUACGGUUUUCAUAUAUCACAACUCGUUCGCUAUGCCCGUGUCUGUUGUGACGUUUUGGAUUUCAAUGAACGUAAUCCAUGUAUUACGGGUAAACUUUUUAGUCAGGAUUUCGUUACCACAAAUUACUUAAAACCUUUACUAAAUUCUUCAAUAGAUAUAAAGAUUUGGUUUGGAAGUUUGGUUGUACAUGUAGAAACUUAUUUCGGGAUUACGGAGAUGUUGUUUGUCGAGCCCUGAAAUUAAGAUACGAUCCGGGUAAACUUAUCAAUCCUUUAGAUAAACUUAUUCUAAAAGGUUACCAAUUCAAGUACUAUAAUUAUAUCUUUGAAUAUUGUUUUAUUGGUAUUAAUAUUGAUUUUGUUAUCAGUAAAUUAAAAUCAAACUAAAUAUUAUUUUUAUAUA